CAUCAGACUUCAGUGUUUUAACUCAAAUGGCUCAAAUCUCGCGCUCUGUGUGCGCGCUCCUGGCGCUGUUGUGCGUGUUCUCGCCGCCUGUGCGCGCCGCCGCCGGUCAGUACUGUCACGGCUGGGGCUCGUUCCCGGGAUUCCGCUGUCCGGAGCGCCACGACGGAGGAGACGCGCGCUACUGCUGCGGCACGUGCACCGUGCGCUACUGCUGCUCGUCCCCGAGCGCGCGCCUCGACCAGAGCACGUGCGACGCGGAGCAGCCGGCCGGCGGAAACGGCGGAGUGAGGACUCUACAGCAAGCAGUUCCCACAUAUCUGCCAUUUGUCAUCGUGGUGGGCGCCUUUCUUUCCUUCGUUCUACUGGGGAUCAUCAUAUCCAUCUGCUGCUGCCACUGUGUGAAGCCCAAGCCCACCGCCGGAUCGGCUCCGGCCCAUACCAGCCUGUUGGAGCCUGUUAUUGGCCCCUCCCCCAACAACUCCACGCCUUCACGUUCUUCUACCUCCGGGUCAGCCGGACCACACCCGUUUACAGCCCCCAUGCCGCAGCCCUUCGUUUCUGCGCCACCUCCUCCACUCCACCAGGGGGCACCACAGUUUUUCCAACCAUUCCUAAACUACUCGCUGCCUCCGGAACACACCAUGCUGAUGGCCCCAGCCUUUCUCGACAGUCGCUCUGCUUUCAGUCAGGCACACGGACAGCCUUUCCCACAGGCCCCCAUGCACACUGAACCAAUCUACCCCACCGUCACUGUCUGAUGAGGUCAUGGACUACAGCUUCCUUUUUGAUUUGUUUUGUUUGCAAACUUGUUGGUGUUUGCGGACUUAGACUUCUGUUUCAAGAUCGCAUAAUAUUUAGGUUUAGCUUAUUAUUCUGGCAUCACAUUUUACUUACCUUACGUAAUCUUCACACUUCCCUGCAGGCAUGUAAUAGUAUUAGAUGUUAUCCUGGCGUAAAUUUUUUGUCUCAUGUCAUGUCCAACACAUAACCUGAAGUUAACAUCCAACGUACUAACGUUGGUGGCCAGCUGGGUUACUACUAUAGAUUACAGUAAAAAAAGUAUGCAAAUUAAUUAAGAAACUAAACUUAGUAUCUUCCUCAAAUUGUUAAGUAACUGCUAAGUAAAAAAAUAUGAUUUAAUAACUACUACUGUAGUCUCAGGGGGUACUAGAGAACACAAAUAUCGUAGAUUAAUAUGUAAUAAUAUAUUUAAAAAAGGGAAAUGAUUUGCCUCUGCCAGAUUGUGGCCCUUCAGUGUUGAAUUUUAAAGCAAUAAUUGUACAAAUCGUUCUACCUCAGAUGCAGUUUGAUUUUGUGUGUUUAGGAGCUAGGAUGCUAAUGGCUAAUGCAGCUAACAAUUGUUGCUUUAAAAAAAUCUGUUAAUUUUACUUUCUUUACUUGACUGUGUUUUCUAAUUUUGCUUCUUAUAGGAGUGUACUGUGCUUAAAGCAUUUUUGUAAAAUGUUUCCUUUUUUACUUAUUAUGUGGAAUUUAUUUAACGAAGACAAAUAAAGUUUUAUUUUAUCACAAAUA